UCCGGCAAUAAACCCGGACGCCCACUCAGUUCGGGUGGGGACGGGACACUGAGGUGGUCCACGCUGCAGGCGGGGACUGGGACGUUUGGCGCGCAGGAGAACCAUGCCGUUUUUGGGUCAGGACUGGAGGUCCCCGGGGUGGACCUGGAUGAAAACCGAGGACGGCUGGAAAAGGUGUGAGUCCUGGAGGGCGGAGCUUGCGCAGGAGACAGACCCGCAGGGCCUCAGCCACAGCAGAAUCUUAAACAGUGAAGACGAGGAGACACUCACUGAUGAAGAGCACGGAAGUGCAUCCAAGAAGAGGAAGAAGGGCCGCUUUGGGAAGGACAGCAGCCCUCAGUGUUUUUACCGUGAGAAAUGGAUCUAUGUCCAUAAAGACAGCACGAGAGAACGGCACGGCUACUGCACGCUGGGGGAGGCCUUCACCCGCCUGGACUUCUGCAGCGCCGUGCAGGACGUCCGCCGGUUCAGCUACGUGGUCCGACUCCUGCAGCUCAUCGCGAAAUCCCAGCUGACGUCGCUGAGUGGCGUGGCGCAGAAGAACUACUUCAGCGUUUUGGAUAAAAUCGUCCAGAAGGUGCUCGAGGACCAGCAGAACCCCCGCCUCAUCAGAGACCUGCUGCAGGACCUGAGCUCCGCCCUGGGCACCCUGCUCAGGGGCGUCGGCAAGUCCGUGCUGGUCGGCAGCAUCGGCGUCUGGGCCUGCCGGCUGGAGACGGUCCUCGCCUGGCAGCGGCAGCUGCAGGACCUUCAGGUGACGCAGGUGAACCAUGGGCUCACGCUCAGCGACCUGCCGCUGCACACGCUGAACGACAUCCUGUACCGGCUCUCGGAUGGCUGGGACAUCGUCACCCUGGGCCAGGUGACGCCGGCCCUGUCCGCGCUCAGCGAGGACGGGCGGCUGUGGAGGAAGCUCUGCCAGUACCACUUCGCCGAGACGCAGUGUUGCAGGCACCUGGUCCUCUCCGAGCAAGGCCGCGUGGAGUGGAAGCUGAUGUACUUCGCGCUGCGCAAGUGCUACCCAGCGCGGGAGCAGUACGGCGACACCCUGCACUUCUGCCGGCACUGCAGCAUCCUCUUCUGGAAGGACUGCCGCCUCGCUUUGCUGCUCAAGGACUCGGGCCACCCCUGCACGGCGGCCGACCCCGACAGCUGCUUCACGCCCGUGUCGCCCCAGCACUUCAUCGACCUCUUCAAGUUUUAGGGGCCCUCGGCCCCGCACAGCACCACGGAGCUGGUGGAACCAGGAGGGGUCCCUGUGACCGAGGGCCACAGACAGGGCCAGGACGAGCUGCCCGGGACCGGGGACCCACGCAAACUCAACUUCUUUAGAAAGCCCCUUUCUUGCAAGCACGUGGCGAUCCACAGCCUUGCAAACGCGUAAGCCUGGGCCGCAGGAGACGCUGCAUUUCCAGCCCCAGGUUCUCUGCCCAACAGACACCGGCGGCCAACAGGGCCCUUCCUCGCGGUGAUGGCUUCUGGGUUUUGCCAUCUCCGGGGGCGGGGGCGGAACCCUCGAUCCGUGUAAAUACCUUGUGCAGAAUAUUUAUUUUUCGUAAGAUGUGUGUUGCUGCGCUGGUCAUGUCAGACGAUCCCUCUGUGAGCGCAGAGCGAGCCCCAGGAGAUGCUCCGGCGUCCGGAGAUCGGGCUGUGAGUGUGCACAGCGGCUGUGCCGGCCGUGGCGCACAGCGGUGGCACUGGGCCCUCGGCUGCGCGGUGGAGGGGCCGGCGACACGGGCAGCCUGCGGUGCUGGCCGGCCAGGACGGAGCCUGCUUCCGGGGACCGCACGCCACGCCUGCUGACCUCACUCCAUCCGCCUGGCAUCGCACCGAGAAAAGGGGAGAGAGCGGUUUUGGUAUCAUUCGUUUAAACCUUUCAGACCUUUUAAAGAUGGUUUUAUCUUUAAAGUAACGCAUGACCGUGUCAGAAACCACCUGUCACCGGGCUGCCCAAAGGAACUGCCGGCCGCUGGCCACCGGGGGGAGGAGGACGCACCACCCGCUGCCCGCUUUCAUCCCUGAACUCACAGGCCAGGGGGCCCGCAGACUCAUUUCUGCUCCUUCCUUUACCCUCUUCCUUCUCGGCGUGUCAGCGCGUGUAGCUUUGUGUAGCUUUGUGUGUUUGUGGGUGGCGAUUCCGGGCUUUCAGGGCCCCAGCCAGCGCUGCAGGGGCCCUGCGGCGGAGGACCCGCUUCUCACAGCUCCCGAGGCGCCCGGCGGGGGCUCAGUCUCACGUUCCCUCCAAGCGUGUGCGGGCACGGGGUCUCGGUUCAUGCUUGUUAACCCCCCCCCCGUGAGUUCCGUGCCUGUAUUACUUUUCAGGUUUUGGUACUUUUUGUAUUAAUUUUUCUUUUUUAAAAAAUUGCGUUAUGGAUUUUCAGAGAGGAAAAAAACACGAACCUGUUGACCCAC